CUAAAAAAAAACCCUACCCGCUCCAAAUUAAAAUCUGUGGUUCCAGAGUUCUGCCAGCUCCUCCCAUUCCCAUGCCCCGAAGCUGGGGAAGGCCUAAAGCGGAGACAUAGGGAGGACCCGGAAGUGGAGAAGACCUCCCAGCACGUGAUGGGGCCCGCCGGUGCUGUCACGUGACCCGCCAACCUGCGGCUCCUUGCUGCGGAACGCUCAGCUGCUCUUAAAGACGGCUGUCUGCCUGGUUGAAGCCAACUCUGAGCUCUCGCUGAUCUUGGCCCCUUCGGGGGACUCGAACUUGCUGCCAUGGCUUGCUGUGCGGGCUCGUGGCGGCGCCUUUCGGAUUCCGAGGGGGAGGAGACUACCCGCAAACGCCGGUCCCCUCUCUUGGACCAGCACGGCGCCUUUUGGAGGAACGCCCUGGGUUUCUGGCUCCUGGGCCUUUGCAACAACUUUUCUUACGUGGUGAUGCUCAGUGCUGCCCAUGACAUCCUCAGACACCAGAGGGCGCCUGGGAACCAGAGCCAUGUGGACCCAACACCUGUCCCCCACAAUGGCUCAUCUCGUUUUGACUGCAACUCUGUCUCCACAGCUGCGGUGCUCCUGGCAGACAUCCUCCCCACCCUCCUCAUCAAAUUGCUGGCUCCUUUUGGCCUUCAUUUGCUGCCUUACAGCCCUCGAGUUCUCGUCAGUGGCAUUAGUGCUGCUGGAAGCUUCAUCCUGGUUGCCUUUUCUCAUUCCGUGGAGACCAGCCUAUGUGGUGUGGUCUUGGCCAGCAUCUCGUCAGGCCUGGGGGAGAUCACCUUCCUCUCACUUACCUCCUUCUACCCCAGGGCUGUGAUCUCCUGGUGGUCCUCAGGGACUGGGGGAGCAGGGCUGCUGGGGGCAUUGUCCUACCUGGGCCUCACCCAGGCUGGCCUUUCCCCACAGCACACCCUGCUGUCUAUGCUGGGUAUCCCCGCCCUCCUGCUGGCCAGCUAUUUCUUCUCGCUCACGUCCCCGGCACCCCAGAACCCUGGAGCGGAAGAAGAGGCAGAGACGGCAGCUCGGCAGCCCCUGAUGAGCCCUGAAGCCCCAGAAUCAAAGCCAGACUCUGGCUCCAGUCUCUCCCUUCAGGAAAGGUGGACAGUGUUCAAGAGCCUGCUACCACACAUCAUCCCCUUGGUCCUGGUUUACUUUGCCGAGUAUUUCAUCAAUCAGGGACUGUUUGAGCUCCUCUUCUUCCGGAACACGACCCUGAGUCAUGCUGAGCAGUACCGCUGGUACCAGAUGCUGUACCAGGCUGGCGUCUUUGUCUCUCGCUCUUCUCUCCGCUGCUGUCACAUCCGCCACACGUGGAUUCUGGCCCUGCUGCAGUGCUUCAACCUGGGCUUCCUGAUGGCAGACGUGUGGUUCAGCUUCCUGCCAAGCAUCUACCUCAUCUUUCUGAUCGUUGUGUAUGAGGGGCUCCUGGGGGGUGCAGCCUACGUGAACACCUUCCACAACAUUGCCCUGGAGACCAGUGAUGAGCACCGGGAAUUUGCCAUGGCAACUGCCUGUAUCUCCGACACCUUGGGGAUCUCCUUGUCAGGGGCCCUGGCCUUGCCUCUGCAUGACUUUCUCUGCCACCUCUCCUGACACCCCAGCUCCUUGGGACUCCGAACAUACUGACCUGUGGGCAGGUGGGCAGGGUGGACACCCAGGCCCACAUCCCAGAGCACAUCCGUGAACUCUGCCUUGGGACUUCCCUGCAGGGCUGGGAUGUAAAGAAGUGCUAAGGCCCUCUUCUGAGAGUGUGGGGCAACUGAGGGCCGGCAUUUCCUCCCACCCCCAAGCUGGUCUCGGGGAGUUUCUUGUUGGCAUUACAUCCUCCGAAUAAAUGCCCAUUUUAUCAGUUGA